AUGUGGGCGUGGCACUGUCUCGUUUUCUCAACUCUGCAAUAAAUUUCGAACCUCAUCCGAGAUAAGUUGUAAGAAACUAGCGGCCAGAGUUAUCAACAAUGGCGGAAGGCGGCGACAAAUUGGUUCUACUGGAUUUCUGGCCAAGCAUGUUUGGAAUGAGACUGAGAUUAGCCCUAGCCGAGAAAGGCCUCGAGUACGAGUACAUUGAGGAGGAUCUCAGGAACAAGAGCCCACUUCUCCUUCAGAUGAACCCUGUUUACAAGAAGAUCCCUGUUUUUAUCCACAACGGUCGCCCUGUUUCCGAAUCCCUCAUCGCCGUCCAGUACAUCGACGAAGUCUGGACCCACAAAUUCCCCAUCUUGCCCUCAGACCCUUAUCAAAGAGCUCAGGCUCGCUUCUGGGCCGAUUAUGUCGACAAAAAGGUCUAUUCUUCUUCAAGGAUGUUGUGGACAACUAAAGGGGAAGAACAUGAAUCAGGAAGGAAUGAAUUCAUAGAGAUUAUGAAAGAAUUGGAGAAAGAGCUGGGAGACAAGCCAUACUAUGGAGGAGAAAGUUUUGGGUAUGUGGAUCUGGCAUUCAUUCCUUUCUAUAGCUGGUUUCAUGCUUAUGAAACUUUUGGAAACAUUAGCAUUGAGAAAGAAUGUCCUAAACUCAUUGCUUGGGCCAAGAGAUGUUUGGAAAGAGAUACAGUUGCUAGUACACUCCCAGAUCAGGAUAAAGUUUAUGACUUUGUUAAGAUGUUGAGGAACAAAUAUGGGAUAGAGUAAAUGAUCUGCUAAAAGAUCUUUUGUUUGUGUUGAAAGAGUGUGUUUUUCUUCUUUGAUAUUAUCCAAUGUUGGUUUAUAUGUUGUUGUUACCACGGCUUGAAUUACUUGACUAAUGUCCAUGUGGAAAUACUUUCUAGAUUUGGAUCCAAAUCUAGAUUAGAAACCAUCCUAUGUUCUUGUUUGUUUGUUAUGUAUGAUCAUAUUUGGAAAUAAAUAAACUGUUUUAUGUUUUCAUUGC